AUGCAGCAAUUCAAACAAUGGCGACGUCCGUCGCAAACGAAACCGCACGAUCCAGUGCUGACCUCCGAGGACGAAGCCUUUUUACGCAAUAUCGUAUCCGAACCUACCAACGCAGCACCCAGUUCUUCUGCCGGCGCAGUUGAUGAUAGUCGAUCGCCUGUCAGUCCCAUUGCAACUGAUGCGCCGGACACCCUCGUCUCACCAGUGUCGCCCUUGGAAGAGUUCAGAGAGCUAGGUGAAGAAGCAAGGAAGGCUAGAGAGAAGGAGGAACAGAAACUCGGUCCUGAUCCCCAAAGACAGAGCUCCAAGGAUGGAAGUUCUUCACAGGCAGAGGAGAAGAAGAAGAAAACUUGGAGCAGUUGGUUACGGAGGAAGACAACUGUGAAGAAGACCGAAGUGUCGGGCGACGCGCAAACUAAUCCGCCCGCCAAUUCCAAGGACGAAAAUGACGCGAGGCAGGAGACAGAGGACAUGACGGAGAUACUGGAAAAGCUGAACCUCGCAGCGGACAAUAACCGUGUUUUCUCGGUCAGUGAUGAGAUGCAGGAACUUCUGCGCAAGUUCAAGUUGAUCUUCAAGGACUUGAUCAACGGGGUCCCGACUGCUUAUCAUGAUCUUGAGAUGCUCCUUACCAACGGCAACACGCAGUUGCAAGGUGCAUAUUCUAAGCUCCCGGGGCCGAUACAGAAACUCAUCGAAAAGCUUCCAGAGCGAUGGACGGAAACUUUGGCGCCUGAGAUGAUCGCUGUAGCAAGUGAAAGGGCUGCAAAGAGCGGCGUUAAUAUAGAUAACAUUGGCAAGGCAGCCGCCGCUGCCAAUAAGAUGGGCAUUAAGGUUCCCAGUCUGAAAGAGCUGGUUGGGAAACCGGCGGCUAUUGUCGGCAUGCUACGAUCGAUCAUGGCGUUCUUGCGAGCUCGAUUCCCUGCCGUGCUGGGCAUGAAUGUGCUUUGGUCAUUGGCUCUAUCUAUCCUUUUAUUCGUUCUUUGGUACUGCCAUAAACGUGGUCGCGAAGUCCGCCUCGAGAACGAACGUCUCGUCACCGAGGAGGAGAUAGAAAAGCUGAACGAGCAGUCUUCAUCUGACGAGAAAAUUCGAACAACCGAGACUCUCACUACAACCGCCCCGCAAGGUGCUUCGGCAGCUGAAAUCCGGGAGGGGGUGAAAGAUGCCCAACAAUCUCGUGAGAGAGCUAUUGCUGCGGCUCAAAGUACACAACUGAAAAACGAUACAAAUGACAAUAACCCCAAGCCGACGCGAUCGAAGUCAAUUUUAUCCAUUUGGGGCAGAUCAGGCCAAAAGCCAGAACCAGCUACAAAGAUCCAGCCAUACCCGGGAACGUGA